GGUGCUGCAAAGCAAAGCGAGCAGCCAUGUUGCCGAGAGCUUGUUCCGGUAUGAGGGCAGCCUGUCGUGCUUCUUAGACCGCAUUCGGGCGCAGCUCUUCAGCUUCUUUGAGCUUUCAGGCUCAACCGAUCGAUCGAUCGAUCAUGGAUCCUACAAGUUGAUUGAUUUGUAAGACCAACAAAGAUAACCUCGCAGAGGUGGAUAUUCGAGGGAACCAUUAAGCCAAUGGUGGCACCAGCAGGACGGGCCAUACUGCAGUGCAGCUCCGGUGAGCCAGAGAGACGCCGCUGUUCCUGGGUUGUGUGGCAGCCGUCUACCGCCACCUCCGGAGCCGUCUGUGGCCGCUGGAGCUUAGGCUGGCUGGCUAACUCGCUCCCGCCUCGGAGGAAUCUGCUAUCUCCAUGGGCUAAAUCCCAACUUUGUACUAUUUCUACGUCUUUCUAUUUGUUUGGAUAGUUGGACAUCUCGCUGGAGGACAUUUUGAGCUGUUUUUUUUUGUGACUUGGCAAAACCGGAAUCAUUUUGGCCUGGAAGUUUUUUGUUGUUGUUUUUUUCAGGCUUGGAUUUAAAUCUAGAAGGAAUUAUACUUAAGUGUCAUUUUUAGUCACUAUUGGAUUUCGUUCUAAAGUGAAAGCCACCGUGCUAGUUAGCAUGCUAUUUGAACCGUGUCUCGUUUAAUACAUAGAUUAGCUGAACUUCCCCCCCCCCCCCGAGCUAGCUGAAGGAAGUUAGCUGCUUCAAACGUCACAGCUUCGUGGUCGCCCACGGACUCCCCCUAAAUAAUAACAGGGGGUCGAAAUUCUCGAAGCCAGUUAUUUUCGGAGGACAUUCGGCUGGUUUUUGGCAAACAUGGGGCGCCCAGUUGACGCUAGCUAGUCCCUUGCUAGCUAGCUAACUCGGCCAGCGGCUGAUGUUGCAUCCAACUUGUUGAUUCAAAAGCUAGCUAACGUGUUGCUAGCAGGCUAGCACCGGGCAUCUUGUUGGUGGUUUGUCCUUUUACUCCAAACAUCACCAACAUACGCUAUUAAAUGAACAGAAGCCAGUGAAGAAUCAUUCUUGGAUUGCCUCUGACUUUUUUUGUUGCUAAACACAAAGUCAAAUGUCAACAAGGAUCCCACUGAUGCAAGUCAUUGAGAAUUCUGCAGGGCAGGACUCCAAGGUGUCUGGGCGUUCCAGCAUGUCGCGAUGUAGGAACUCCAUCUCGACCACUACAUCGGAUGACCAGCCACAUAUUGGCAACUACCGGUUGCUGAAGACCAUCGGCAAGGGCAACUUCGCAAAGGUCAAACUGGCCCGGCAUGUCCUCACUGGCAAAGAGGUGGCUGUUAAAAUUAUUGAUAAAACACAGCUCAACUCCUCCAGUUUGCAGAAGCUCUUCCGGGAGGUGAGGAUCAUGAAGAUGUUAAACCACCCCAAUAUCGUUAAGCUCUUUGAGGUGAUAGAGACGGAAAAGACUUUGUACCUGGUGAUGGAGUAUGCAAGUGGAGGAGAGGUUUUUGAUUACUUGGUGGCUCAUGGCAGGAUGAAGGAGAAAGAAGCCCGUGCCAAAUUCAGACAGAUUGUGUCAGCAGUGCAGUAUUGCCAUCAGAAGUGUAUAGUACACAGAGACCUCAAGGCAGAGAACCUGCUGCUGGAUGCAGACAUGAACAUCAAGAUAGCAGACUUUGGCUUUAGUAACGAGUUUACUCUGGGGAACAAACUGGACACGUUCUGUGGCUCCCCUCCCUACGCCGCUCCAGAGCUAUUCCAGGGCAAGAAGUAUGACGGCCCUGAGGUGGAUGUCUGGAGCCUGGGAGUCAUCCUUUACACACUCGUCAGCGGCUCUCUGCCUUUCGAUGGCCAGAAUCUCAAGGAGCUGAGAGAGCGUGUUCUGCGUGGCAAAUACAGGAUUCCUUUCUACAUGUCCACUGACUGUGAGAACUUGCUCAAGAAGUUCCUCAUCCUGAACCCCUCCAAAAGAGGCAGCCUAGAGCAGCAGAUAAUGAGGGACCGAUGGAUGAAUGUAGGCUACGAAGAGGAGGAACUCAAACCCUACAUUGAACCACAGCCAGAUUAUAAGGACCCAAGGAGGACAGAUAUUAUGAUACAGAUGGGAUUCUCUCAGGAGGAACUCCAGGACUCACUGGUGAAUCAGAAGUACAAUGAUGUGAUGGCAACAUACCUGCUAUUGGACUAUAGGAACUCUGAGCUGGAUGAGAGUGGUAUCAAGCCCCGACCUGGAAGUGAUGUAAGCAACAUAAAUGCCCCCUCCCCGCCUCACAAGGUACAGCGCAGUGUAUCAUCCAACCAGAAGCCUCAAAACCGCAGAGCUACUGAACAGGGCUCCUCUUACUCAAAAAGAGGAGACAACCGGACUUCUGGGGAAGAUUCUGGGAGGAAAGGUUCAUCGGGCAGCUCAACUACCAAGGUGCCAGCAAGCCCUUUGGUCUCCUCUGACCGCAAGAAGAGCGCUACGCCCUCUACUAAUAGCAUCUUGUCCACCGGCACUGGGCGCAGUCGGAACUCUCCUCUGACUGAGAGAGCUACGCUGGGCAUCCAGAACGGCAAAGACAGCCUAAACACUCCGGGUUCCCGUGCCUCCACUGCCUCAGCCGCCGCCGUCCUCUCAUCUUCCUCCUCCUCCUCCUCCUCCUCACGUCCCCGCCACCACAAGUCCUUGUCCUCCUCCAAUCAUCCAUGCGCCACUGACCAGCAUGCACAACGGCCCAGUGCACAAUCUCAGCGGGCACCUGGCGCCUCCCCGUCGGCCCACAACAUCAGCACCGCGGCGGUGACGGACCGCACCAACUUCUCCCGCGGGGUGGGCAUUCGCAGCACGUUCCAUGCAGGCCAGCAGCGGGGGGCCCGGGACCAACAGGGCUCUGCCUACCCUGGUGGGCCCGCGUCUCCAUCACUGUCACAUGGCAACAGCCAGGCACGGAGAACACACGGCGCCACGGGGAUUUUCAGCAAGUUCACGUCAAAGUUUGUACGCAGAAAUCUGUCGUUCAGGUUUCCAAGAAGCAGCUCUUUGUUGAAAUCUUCCUCUGUGCCUUAAGCCUUAUCUUUUUCUCUUAUUUAUUUAUUAUUUCUUGUGGUUGGCCCCUUGUUUGUGAGCCUUCUGCUUUUGAACACCUUUUUUGGCCUAUGUUGUGUUUGUUUAUUCCGCUAAUGUCCCUCUUGACAUGCCCAUGCACCUACUGUAACUCGCUCACUCACCCACUCCAUCAACAUGCCACACAAUAAUACCUCACCUUACUUUCUUCUCAGCCCUCCCGUCCACUGCAUCCCCCUCAUCUCCUACUCUCUUCCCCCAUUUAAUUGCCAAGUAGAGUGUGUGUGAGCGCUGUCUUUUUUUUGUUCUUUUCCUUGGACAGAGGCCUCCACUAAUGACUAAUGUCACCAUUGGUAAUAAUGAUAUAGUCUAAAGACAUACAAUCUUACUGCCUUAGUACUAAUAGCAACUUUGAGGACUCAAAGUAUAAUCAUCCAUUGCAGUAGUGGUAAUAGUAAAGUUUCUUUGUGGAAAAGAGGAGCGGAUCCAAGAGGGAUGAGGGAGCUCCAGUGUUUCUCAGUUUCUUUUCCGCAGGCUGCACUCUCACUCUUUUUUACUCUCUUUGGCACUGGCUCGCUUAACCGUUGCAGCAUCAAAACUGCUAUGACUAUAUUUGCAUGAUGCAAGAUUCAUAUCAACACAUGCUUUUAAUAGAGUAAUUGUAAACUUCAGAAAACAAUGUUUGUUAUUUUGCAAGUAGGGUUAUGUCUUAAGAUGGACUAUUAUGCCACCUGGUGGUCAGAACAUGUAAUAUUCACAAUUUAAUUCCAACAAUUCCCAAUAAUAGAUUGGGCUAGAUUUGCAUAAAUAGCUAUUUUGCAGUCCUUCAUAUUGCAUUAAACUUGUAAAAUAGUACAGAAAAUUACAUUUAAAUUUUUUUCAAACAUUGUUUGCAAACAGUCAUUUGUGAUGUGCAUCAUUUUUAACCCUAUUUCUUUUGCAGGACGUAAUAUAUUUGUUGUAUUCAACGUUUUUGUCUCAUACAUUUUUGUCCAACAGUUGUCUGCAUGUGUUGUUUAUUGUCUUGUCUUCAUGAGUGUCUGUUCGAGGGACUAUAAGUUUACAAACUUAGCCGACAUAUUGUUUGAGAACAAUGAAAAGUGUGUGCGUAGGUGUACACACAUUUUUAGAGGAGGUUGUAUCUCCAAAGUGGGGGUUGGAUUGCCCAUACCUUUGUUUUUGCUGCAGGAACCACACUUACCAUGCUUCAGUUUCAAACCAUGCCAUCCCAGUCCAGCCUUUUUUCCCCAUUUCAUAUUUUGAGUGUUACAUUUAUUCCAGGCUGCCCCAUUCCCAUAUUUAGAUGAUACAUGCUACUUGUCACUCAUUCAUUUCAUUAAUUAUCCUGGCAAUGCAUUCUGUGGGCUCUUGGAAUAACUGGAGGCUCUCUUUUACAGAGUAUUUCUGUAUUUGUUUAAUGGGAUGUGGUUGGAUUGGAAAGUUCGUGGAGAGCUGGCUUAUUGUCACCCACCCACCAGGGCGCCAAAAUACUAAACUUGUGUUGAUUUUUCUCGAGGAGUCCGUAUGAGGGAGAGGGUCGGGAUGAGGGGAGCAG